CGCCUGCAAAGAUGGCUGCUGCGUCUUCAUCGGAUUGCGACAGCGGCAGAGCUGAGAGGUGAAGGCCCGGGUCCUCGAGGCCUCCUUUUCUACAAAUCAAUGAGGCCAGUUCGAAAUGGCUGGACGCACACUACGACCCCAUGGCCAACAUCCACACCUUUUCCGCCUGCCUGGCGCUGGCAGAUUUGCACGGGGAUGGGGAGUACAAGCUGGUGGUGGGGGACCUUGGCCCCGGUGGGCAGCAUCCCUGCCUGAAGGUACUCAAAGGACCCACAGUGCUGACCGAAACUCCCUUACCUGCGCUGCCAGCUGCGGCUGCCACCUUCCUCAUGGAGCAGCAUGAGCCCCGGACGCCGGCUCUAGCACUCGCCUCAGGCCCUUGUGUGUAUGUGUAUAAGAAUCUUCGGCCCUACUUCAAGUUCAGCCUGCCCCAGUUGCCUCCAAACCCCCUGGAACUAGAUCUUUGGAACCAGGCCAAGGAGGACCGGAUUGACCCCUUGACCCUGAAGGAGAUGCUGGAAGGCAUCCGGGAGAAGGCAGAGGUGCCUUUGUCUGUACAGUCACUCAGGUUCUUACAGCUGGAGCUGAGUGAAAUGGAGGCAUUUGUGAGCCAGCACAAGUCCAAGUCCAUCAAGCGGCAGACAGUCAUCACCACCAUGACCACCUUAAAGAAGAACCUGGCUGACGAGGAUGCUGUGUCCUGCCUGGUGCUGGGCACUGAGAACAAGGAGCUCCUGGUGCUGGACCCGGAGGCCUUCACCAUUUUGACCAAGAUGAGCUUACCCAGCGUCCCUGUCUUCCUGGAGGUUUCUGGCCAGUUCGACGUGGAGUUCCGGCUUGCCGCUGCCUGCCGCGAUGGGAACAUCUAUAUCCUGAGACGAGACUCCAGGCGCCCCAAGUACUGCAUCGAGCUGAGCGCCCAGCCUGUGGGGCUUGUCCGGGUACACAAGGUCCUGGUGGUGGGCAGCACCCAAGAGAGCCUGCAUGGCUUCACCCACAAGGGUAAGAAGCUGUGGACGGUGCAGAUGCCAGCAGCCAUCCUGACCAUGAACCUCCUGGAGCAGCGCUCACGGGGCCUGCAGGCCGUCAUGGCUGGGCUGGCCAAUGGAGAAGUCCGCAUUUACCAUGAUAAGGCCCUGCUCAAUGUCAUCCGCACCCCGGAUGCAGUGACCAGCCUUUGCUUUGGCCGCUACGGGCGGGAAGAUAACACCCUCAUCAUGACUACACGGGGCGCUGGCCUGAUCAUCAAGAUCCUGAAGCGUACAGCAGUGUUUGUGGAAGCGGGAGGUGAGGCGGGCCCCCCAGCAGCCCAGGCGAUGAAACUCAGUGUGCCCCGAAAGACCCGGCUUUAUGUGGAUCAGACGCUGCGAGAGCGGGAGGCUGGCACCGCCAUGCACCGGACCUUCCAGACCGACCUCUACCUCCUGCGCCUGCGGGCCGCCCGUGCCUAUGUGCAGGCCCUCGAGUCCAGCCUGAACCCUGUGUCUGUGACGACCCGGGAGCCCCUCAAGCUGCACGCUGUGGUUCAGGGCCUGGGCCCCACCUUUAAGCUCACACUUCACCUGCAGAACACCUCAGCAGCCCGACCCAUCCUGGGGCUGCUGGUCUGCUUCCUGUACAACGAGGUGCUCUAUGCCCUGCCCCGGGCCUUCUUCAAGGUCCCCUUGCUGGUGCCAGGACUCAGCUACCCCCUGGAGACCUUUGUGGAGAGUCUCAAUGACAAGGGCAUCUCAGACAUUAUCAAGGUGCUGGUGCUUCGUGAAGGCCAGAGCGCACCCCUGCUGAGUGCCCAUAUCAACAUGCCUGUGAGCGAGGGCCUGGCAGCCACUUGACCCCUGGACUGGUGUCGAAGCCCCUGCAGAAUCAGGACCAGGAAGAUCCAGCCCCUUGCACUGAGCUGGGCAGAGUCAGUGACCCCAGGCCCGUUCCCCAAGCAGCAGUGUGUUGGGGCUACAGUUUCCUUCUCCUCUCCUAAGUGUCUCCUUUCUCUCCACCCUGACUGCUGGGUGACCUAUAGAAGCAGGUCAGUGAGUACCCAGGAGGCUUAGCUCCUUCCCCCUCAGGAAAUCCCAGGCAUUUGCCCACUGGACUUCUCUGCUCUUCUAUGCUCCCCACUUUUCUCCAGAAAACACACCCAGGUCCGAAGGAAGAUCUCUGAAGUGGUUAAGGUGAGAUGAGGGGCAUUGGCCCAGCCUUCUCCUUUGCUGCUUUCCAUAGGCACAUUACUCGUGUUGCUGCAGGCCCAGGCCAGAACUGGCUACGGCCUGACCUGGGGGCCUCAGAGGCUUUUCUUGGGCAAGACUGAGCCCCCUGUUGCUGCCUGGAGUUCCAGAGGCUUGGCUGCUGCUUGCUCAGCUUACAUGCAGAACACAUGCUCUGAUUGCUCCUUGUGAGCUAAACAAGGGACCCCUUCUUUCUAUUCAGGGGGCCCAAGGAGUAGCUGCCUCCCUACAGGCGGCUUUCCUGAAAUUUGGGCUCAACCAAGGUCUCAGGCCUGUGAUGCUCCAUGAAGAUAGCAAAGGGAGGAACCGGUGCCAGGAAGGCAGAGUGCCCAUGCAGGGAGCUGGUGACCCGAGCCCCCAGCAGGCUUCUGAAGACCACACAGCUGCUGCCCCAGACGUGGAUGGUCAUGUCCAUCCAGAAAGGGUGCCCGGGAGAGGAAGGCUCAGUUAGAGCAGAGGUGGGGCUGGGUGCACAGGAGAAGUGUUUCUGGAAUCCUGGGAAGGUGGCACAGGAGGCAGAAGCCCAGAAUGGCUCCUCUAUGCCCUGGAGCGCAGAUCAGUCACAUAGUGGGAAGUUCACUGGGCAGUGGCCAUAGUGUGAGAGAAUGAGCUGGAAAGGCAUGGACCAGAGGCGUUGAGUGAGGCUUAACCCCGAGGGAAGGUGCGUGUUUAGACCACAAGGACCAGAGACCCACAGUCCUGGCCCUCAGUGCAUCCUGGAGCCCUGGCCAGUCUGCCCGGCCCACCUCUCAGCCCUCAGGCUGGUGCUACCAGGGCCACCCUGAGCCACUUGUGAGCCAGGAACCCUGCUCCUUGAGGACCUGUGUCUUCCUCUGUCUGACCAGGUGCAGCCUAGCAUGCAGUAGGAAUCUAAAGCUUGUAGGAAGUAACCAAAUCCUUCUGGGCCAGUUUCCCCACAUGUAAAAUGAGGGAGUUUGACUAGAUUCAGCUCUAGCUUCCUGUGAGCUUGGCAGCCCCUCUAGAGGAAAUGAGGAGUCAACUCCAGAAAGGAGAUAUUUGAUAGGAGUACCUGCAGCGCUUUGGCCUUGAUACCAAGGGCCCCCACCUAACUGCCACGGCCAGGCAAUAGCCUCUGUGUCCAGGACACCAGUGAGGGAUUGAGGUGACACAGCUCACAGCCCGCCCCCUAACCCUUCCAAGGAAUGCAUUCUGGGGCCAGGUUAAGAGAAGCACGGGGCGGGGUGCGUGGGUGACUCAGUUGGUUGAGCGUCUUACUCUUGAUCUCAGCUCAGGUCUUGAUCUUGGGGUGGUGAGUUCACGCCCCGCGCUGGGCUCCACACUGGGUGUGGAACCUACUUAAAAAAAGAGAGCAUGGGGUCUGGACCAAAGAAAGAGCGCAUCCCGCUCCGUGCAGUCUGGCCACUCACAGACGUAGAUCAAUUGGAUCAGAACGGCGGAGGGUCUCUAGAUCAAGCCACGUGAGGCACAGUCGGGACGAGCAGGAGGUUUAACCUGGAAAUAGGAAGAUAAAUACAGGCAGGGUCACUGUCAGUCGGAGAGAUUUCAACUUAACCCAGAGAACUUCCUGAGAGAGCUUAUCAGAGAUGAAAAGGCCUCCCCUAGAAGGUCUUAGCGCCUCGUCACUGGGCCUGGGCUCUCUCCUCACAUGAUUGCGUGCUGGGCCACGUGACCAAAGACUCUCUUCUACCCCAAUCAAGUGAUGACUAUGUGAGCUUGGAACAAAAAGUCUGAUCUGGAUUCUGUUCGUAGCUAUUCAUAAUGAUGAAAGUGGAGAAACUUCCAGUGCCCGGCGCCUAAUGAGAGUUUGUAUGAUGUGAUACGACAUCCCUACGUGAACUGUGUCGAUGUGGACCCGUGUUCAUAGAACAGUAUGAAAGCAGGGACAGCGCCUGGUACCCAGUGCCCUUGCUACUUAGAGCUUCAGGAGAUUGUGGACGUUAGGGAUGAGGGGAGUUGGUAUCUUUUUAAAAAGUAUUUUUCUAAAAACGGACCUACUUAGUACUAUGGAGUUAGUUUAUAACAAGAAAAUAGCCUCUCCCCGUUCCCCACUACGGCUCCCUUGCUAGAAUCAUUUUCAGUUCUCUUAGCUAUUUUUUUCUUUUUUUAGUAAUUUCUGAGUCCGUUGUGGGGCUUGAAUUCACAACCCCAAGAUCGAGAGUCACAUGCUGCACUGACUGAGCCAGCCAGGUUCCCCA